AUGAAGCUGUUACUAGUUUUUGUGAUUUUCGGCUCGGCCCUUGCAGGUUUUGACGGGUUUUGUUCAAUGGUUAUGAAUGAGGAUGGGACCGUCUCCUGUGAGCACGAAAACAGGACACGCGAUGACACGGGAAUUGCAGACGGCUACUGUACGACGAAUGUCCACGAUGUCAACAGCGUUACCUGUAAAGGUGAAAAUAUAACGGAGAUUCCAAAUCACCUUUCAGUCGACAUAAUGAAACUACAUCUGAGCAACACCGGCAUUGAAGAACUGCGUCCCUAUGGUUUUCAGAGAUAUAAAAAGUUAAGAGAACUACACAUGCGUAACUUCUAUCAGCUGCUCAUCAUACAUGCUGGCGCCUUUGACGGGUUAGAUGAACUGAGGAUUCUUUUGAUUAUUGACUGUCCAUAUCUUCAAACAAUACACCCAGGAGCAUUUGGAAGAUUUGAAGAACUGGACACCCUACGGUUACACAAUAAUGAAAUUGAAACAAUUCAAGACUACGCCUUCGUUGGUUCUCGGAUAGCUAAACUGGACUUCAGCCACAAUCCAUCUCUUACCGUAAUCGGGAAACACGCAUUUAGUCAGAUUCAGGAUUUGGAAUCAAUAGAUUUGUCAAAAUCGUCUAUCACAGACCUGCCAACUGACGGGCUUAUUCGCAUUCAGAACAUCAACCUGGAAGGAGUCUCCACUCUGAAGACGUUUCCGUCCGUCCUGCAGUUCUCCAACAUCAAGACGGCCAAGCUGUACUACGCGCACCACUGCUGUGCGUUCAAACACCCCGAGAAGCAGGACCCCCAGCUCUAUCACAGCUUCCAGGAGCAGCUGAAGAAAGAGUGUUCCCGCCAAGGUUCCACACACACCCCUGAAUCCACCCUCGUCACUCCCAGCACCACGUCGAAAUGGCGCAUGAAGAGAGCCUUUGCAGACGGCGACCAGUUUGGAGAUUUUGGAGAUUUUAACGUCUCUAGAAGUAAAACAGACAACACGAUUGAAGGCCCUUUAAAAGAAGGUUUUGGUGAUUCUGUGUUUUUGACGAAUCACAUGAAGGAUGGUUUCAAGUUCGAUAUGGCGACGCUGUCAGAGAAUGACACGACGGUGACGACCGUUCUGUGCGGUAACGUGACACUGGCGUACACGACGGUGAUCUGCACGCCGCAGCCCAACGCCCUCAACCCGUGCGAGGACGUCAUGGGUUACGAGUGGCUGCGCGUCCUCGUCUGGUUUGUCGUCCUGGCGGCGCUGUGCGGGAACCUGGUCGUCAUCAUAGUUCUCAUAACGGGCAAGAGCAAAAUGACAGUACAGAAGUUCCUCAUGUGUAACUUGUCCUUCGCCGAUUUCCUCAUGGGAUUAUAUCUCCUGCUCCUCGCUUCGAUAGACGCCCAUUCCCUAGGGGAAUACUUCAACCAUGCCGUCUCGUGGCAGAAUGAUGGCGGAUGCCAGGUCGCGGGUUUCCUGACUGUGUUUUCUAGCGAGCUGUCUGUAUUUGUGUUGAUGGUGAUAACUCUUGAGAGAUGGUAUGCAAUCAGUCAUGCUAUAUACGUGACGAAGCGACUGAAGCUCCGCCAGGCAUCGUGCCUGAUGCUUGCUGGCUGGAGCUUUGCCGUGACUAUGGCGCUCCUGCCGCUAGUGGGAGUCAGCAGUUAUGGCACUGUAAGUAUAUGUCUUCCAAUGGAGACUAAGAACCCCGUGGAUACAGGGUAUAUAUUUUCUAUUCUCCUUCUAAACGGAAUUGCCUUCAUCGUGAUAGGCGGCUGUUACGUGAGUAUGUAUUUCAAAGUGAGGAAUAGCGACUCGAGCGCCAGACAGAAUGACGCCACCAUCGCCAAACGCAUGGCCCUGCUCGUCUUCACGAACUUCUUGUGCUGGGCGCCCAUAGCUUUCUUUGGAUUAACAGCGUCUGCCGGGACGCCUCUUAUAGAUAUUACGAACUCGAAGAUUCUGCUAGUCUUUUUCUACCCUUUAAACUCGUGUGCUAAUCCAUUCCUGUACGUCAUUCUGACGAAACAGUUUCGCAAGGACGUGGUGAUAAUCCUCUCGCGCUACGGCAUGUGCACCCAGAGGGCCAACAAGUACAAGGGCACGUUCAUAAGCCGGAGCAUCUCCAACUCGCGGCAGAACGGCAUGGUGCUGCACACGGUACAGAACCCCACGGACAUAUCGAUGCUGUCGAACCUGACGCAGAGUCAGAAGAGCUCCAGGCUGUCGCUGAACGGAAGCACGCCGUGCAUCACUCCUCAGACCACUCCUGCCACCACCCCCGUGCUGGCGUCCAAGAGUGGAAACACGUCCUCGGUGUUUCCCUCCCAGUCCCUCCUGUCUCCGGGCGACAAGACGAAGGAAAGGAAGCUGAGCACCGUUCCGGAAACGGGUCAGAUUUCCGAUGAAGUGCAGGACAUAGCCAUAGAGGUGCCAGACGUGUUCAUAUACCGAGACAACGGCGAGAAUCGGGUGAGGAGCUGCAGCGAAUACGUCAUCCUGUAUCCGGCGAGGGAGGGCAGGAGGCGGAGCAGCAGACUGUCUGGAUGCGAGAAACAGUCUAGUCUGGACACCAGCAUCAGCGGCAACACGGAGACGUCAUUCAUGAGCGAUACGUCCUCAUCGUAUGGACGGAAAGACAGCUCCGACGUGGACAGCUCCAUACACGAUGCCAAAAGGGCGUCGUCAAGACUGAGCAGUCUAAGCAAGGACGACGACGGCUCUGACAGUGGCGUGGAGAUGUACAAACACUGCCCCGGGGACUGCCGUUUAUCACGUGGCGUCGACGCGAUGGUGUCUGAGAAGCUGAUUCGUCAACGACGUGACAUGUCGGACGAUGAAGCUGAGGUCGACGCCAGACAGUCGCUGCUGUAG